AUGCCUCCUACUAUUCAAACAAGACACUGCACGACCUGUAGAGCUGCUCUUCCAGUAGACUAUGCUUAUCGGAAAUGUGAUUCAUGUCGAGAACGAGCGCGAAAUUACGCCAGGCAAAGAAGAUUGGCGAAUCGAAGAACACCAAGAGCACCUGCAGCGUUUGUAUCAGAACUUGGAAGAGUACAACGUUCAGAUUUGGGCAGAAUGGACAACCAAUGUGAUGGAUGUGGAGCUUUGCAUUGGGCCGCAGAGAGGGCUGUUCAACAGCGAGUAAACGACAACUGCUUUCAUGCUUGCUGCAAAAAAGGUAGAGCUGUCUUGCCCCUUUUGCAAGAGCCUCCCGAGCCUUUAAAUAGCUUGAUCAACGGAAGCCAUCCUCGAUCCUCUCAUUUUUUGCAGCACAUGCGACAAUACAACACUUUGUUCGCAUUUACAUCAUUUGGCACCGAUGCUACGCCUGAGCAGCUCCAAAGGGAUAGAGAGAAUGAGAUGAGAGGCGGCAUCACGCCGGUUCGUGUUCAUGGGGAACUCUAUCACUUGCAAGCACCACUAAAUUUGAGCAAUGUGCCAAAGUAUAGCCAGCUGUACGUUUACGACCCAGAGUAUGCCGCUGCGAUUCGCUGUGCAGACCCCAGAAAUCAAGGAUUGGACGACACGAUCAUUGAGCAACUGAGUGAAAUGAUUGCUGAUCCUGUAGUUUGUGGCAAUCCAUUUGUAAGCAUCUACAAACAUGCUCACGAAAUCCUGAAAGAAGAAGAGGAGAGGCAAGCUCAAGAUGGUGUUAGCGAGAAUGCUCACAUCAGGCUCAGUCCUCAGAUGCAAAUGGAAUUGGUUGUUGGCCAGGACAGACGCACUCAAAAUCUGCCAACUGUCAACGAGAUUGCUGCCAUCAUUCCAAACGAGUGUUCUGACAGGAGUUUCAGAGAUAUUUUGAUCACAUAUCGUAGCAAUUCCUCGGCCAGGGCUCAAGGCCAGUUUAAGCGUAUCAAUGAGACGCAUGCUGCAUAUAUGCCUCUUCAUUAUGCUUUGCUUUUUCCUAGAGGUGAAUAUGGGUGGAAUUGGGGCCAAAGACUGCAAUCGUCAGCGCAAACUGCUGAUGCCAUGAUUAUUGAGAGCGAAGAAGAUGAGACACCAGCAGAGCAACAACAACAAGUGUCAGAUAGCCGACUUACCCAAGGCGUGUUCUACAGAUUUCGAUUGCAUGUUAGAAACAACGAGUCAAAGAUCAUUUUUUUGUCAAGACGUCUAUUUCAACAAUAUGUGAUUGAUGCCUGGGCAAUCUGUGAGCAAACAAAACUGAACUGGAUCAAAGUCAAUCAGACGAAUCUUCGCGCUGAUGUGUAUAAAGGACUUGCUGAUGCUACCUCUGCUGCUGACUCAGACCUCGAACAGGUGGGAAAGACGUUCAUCUUGCCCAGUAGCUUCACUGGUGGACCGCGAUUCAUGAUGCAGCUAUAUCAAAAUGCAAUGGCUAUCUCUAGAUUCUUUGGUAAGCCAACGUUAUUCAUCACAUUUACUGCCAACCCAAACUGGAGGGAGAUCCAAGAUGAAUUGUUGCCAGGCCAAACAGCCGCUGAUCGCCCCGACUUGGUUGCUCGAGUAUUCAACCUUAAGCACCGAGAGCUGCUUAAAGACUUGAAAGACAGAAAGGUCUUUGGCUGUUAUAAAGGCAUUGUAAGGACUAUUGAGUAUCAAAAGCGUGGUCUCCCUCACGGUCAUAUGCUAUUGUUUUUGGAUGCAGAAACAGAUAGAUUUGAUACGCCAGAGAGGAUUGAUCAGAUCAUUUGCGCUGAGAUCCCAAAUGUUGAAGAAGAACCUGAAUUGCAUGCAAUCAUCACUCGCAAUAUGAUGCAUGGCCCAUGUGGCGAGCUAAACUCAAAGUCUCCGUGUAUGGUACAAGAUGCUUUUGGCAAUGAUGUAUGCUCAAAGAAAUUUCCCAAAAACUACCAGCCAGUAACGGUGACCAGUGCUGAUGGUUAUCCUACUUAUAGAAGAAGAAGAGAUGGUCGUUCUCAUCAGGUGCGCGUCAAGGACAAGUUGGGUGUCUACCGCGAUUUCCACAUGACGAAUGAGUGGGUGGUGCCAUACAACCCUUAUUUGUCAAAAAAAUACAAUGCCCAUGUAAAUGUCGAAGUAUGUGGUAGCGUCCAGGCAAUCAAGUACAUCAACAAGUAUAUUUACAAAGGCUCUGAUCAGACAACGCUCAAAACUACAACCACCACCACAGCCACUGAAACAGCAAAUGCCACUACCACAGCAACAACUCAGAAUAACGAAGUGGCCAAGUAUCUAAAUGGCCGUUAUAUUAGUCCUGUUGAAGCUGCAUGGAGGUUGUUUGAAUUCCCAAUGCAUGAGGAAAGCCCAUCUGUUACUCCACUUGCUGUGCAUCUUGAAAACGAGCAACCUGUUUAUUUUGAUCCCCAAUGGCCACAGGAGAAAAUUGACAAAGUAUUGAGAGAGAGUCGCUCUACUUUGAUGGCUUACUUUCAUUACAACCAUGCAAAUCACGGCAAACCCGGUUUUCGACCGUUGCUUUAUCAAGAGUUCCCUGAACAUAUGACUUGGCAGCAGAAUGCAAAAAAGUGGAAGCCUAGGUCUUCGAGUAGAAUGUCAAUUGGGCGCAUGUAUUACUGCAAUCCUGCUGCCGGUGAGAGGUAUUAUCUGCGUCUGCUGCUCACAGUUGUCAGAGGAGCCACGUCGUUUUCUCAUCUGAGAACUGUCAAUAAUCACGAGUACGCCACCUUUCGCGAGGCCUGUAUGAUGCUGCAUUUGAUCGAAGAUGAUGGAGAAUGGACCAGAGCCUUUGAAGAAGCUGCUACCUUUGCCUCUGGCUACGCAAUGCGUUCAAUGUUUGUCUCUGCGCUCAUGUUCAACUCAUUGGUAUCGCCUGUUCAGAUUUGGGAUCAAUUCUGUGAAAGUUUCUGUGAUGAUCUUGAGCAUGCAAUCGUGCAAAAAGGGUAUUCGCUGCUGCUCAGCGUGCAACCUGACGCUGAAUUUUACCAUGGAACGCGAAGUCUUGAUUACGGCUUAUAUCUGUUGCAAACAUCUCUUGGUGCACAAGACAGAUCUCUAGGUCAGUUCAAUUUGCCUUUGCCUCUCUUCAACUGGAAUGGCUUGAUAAGCAGAAUGACUGGCAUACAACGCAAUUCAUUGAUACUCAAUGAAAUGUCAUAUCUCCAAGAUCAAGAAGCCUUUUCGUACCAGCAAAAGUACGCUCAAAUGAACGCUACCCAGAAGCACAUAUUUGAGACCAUCACCUCCUCCAUCAACAGCAACGCCAACAGCUCACAUUUCUUUUUGCAAGGUCCAGCUGGCACUGGCAAAACCUUCAUUUACAAUACUCUUUGUCACUUUUAUAGAAGCCAAGGAAAAAUUGUUCUCUGUGUUGCCUCCUCUGGCAUUGCUGCUUUGCUACUUCCUGGUGGGCGUACGUCGCACUCUCGCUUUGCCAUUCCACUCAACAUCCACGAGCAGUCUGUGUGUGCAAUCAAGAAAAACGAUGAUCUUGCUGAUCUCAUUCGAGAGACAUCAUUGAUAAUUUGGGAUGAAGUGCCAAUGCAGCAUCGAUAUUGCUUUGAAGCUUUUGAUCGAACACUUCGUGAUAUUUGUAGUCGUGGUGAUGAAGUUACCUUUGGUGGUAUUCCUGUUGUUCUUGGCGGUGAUUUUGCUCAAAUUCCACCUGUUGUUAGGCAAGGUGGCCGUCCUGAAAUCGUCAAUGCCUCACUGAAAUCGUCAAGAUUAUGGCCCAAAUUACAAAAGCUGAGCCUGACUGAGAAUAUGAGACUUGCCAACUCCAAUGACACAGAUAGGCAAUUUGCAGAUUGGAUAGGAAAAAUGUCGUAUGAACCAUCCAUGAUUGGCAGCAUUGCUUUGCCCUCUUUUUUGAGGCAGAUGACUGAUCUUGAUCAGUUCAUUGAAGAUAUCUAUCCUCAGCAUGUUCUGCAGUGUCCUCUGCAAAAUAGUGAUUUCUUCAAGGAAAGAGCUAUUCUCUGUUCAAAGAACGUCAACGUUGAUGCUAUUAACAGCAAGGUGAUGGAGAACGUGAUUGGGGAAAAGGUCACUCUGUACUCUGCUGACACAGCUCAGUCUGAUCUGACCAACACGGAGACCCAAGCCUAUCCCUCAGAGUAUUUGCAAACCCUUUCGCCUUCAGGGCUGCCGCCAGCAGUUUUGGAGUUGAAAGUAGGUCUUCCUGUCAUGCUCUUGAGAAACCUCAACCCUGAAAGAGGUUUGUGCAAUGGCACAAGGCUGAUCAUUCAGCAAAUUGGACAGUAUGUCCUCAAGGUGAAAAUCCUCGGAGGGUCAGGUGCUGUCGAGUUGAUUCCUCGCUUUACUUUGUCUACAUUGCCUGGCACAUUGCCAUUCAUUUUGACCAGAAAGCAAUUCCCGGUUAAAGUAUCUUUCGCAAUGACCAUCAACAAGUCGCAGGGUCAAUCUCUCAGAAAAGUUGCCGUGGACCUCAGGAGUCCCGUAUUUACUCAUGGCCAACUCUAUGUUGCCAUGUCAAGAGCAACAUCUGCCAAUGGCAUGACCAUUUUAUUACCCGAAAAUAUGAAACACACAGAAAAUGUGGUGUAUCCUGAAGUUCUAUUUUCAGAUACUACCUAA